AUGCGACACGACAGGGCUAGGAAACGAGCCGGAUCUGUUCAACGUCAGCACCUUCCUAAUGUCGAUAAAGACAAGACUUCCACUCUCUUCCAUCCUCUUGUCACCAUGCCCAACGGCCCCGUACCUCUCAUCCAAACCAUGUCUUCCACAACUUCCGAUCCACCAGUGCCAGGCCAAGAACGACCCUAUCCUGAGCCCACCGAGACCGGCAAAGCAUCCUUCCACUACUCAGAAAAUGGCCUCAAAGGCGAAACAGCAUACAAAGUCUGGGGCCACCCUUCCAGCUCCCGCAAAACACCCUUGAUCUGUGUCCACGGUGGUCCAGGGGCAACACAUAACUACCUCCUCCCCAUCUCCCUCAUCCAUCAAGAUUAUGGCAUACCAGUAGUAAUGUACGACCAAGUCGGCUGCGGUCUGAGCACCAGAUUUCGAGACAAGAAGGGUGAUACCAAGUUCUGGACGCCUCAACUCUUCAUGUCGGAAUUCGAGAACCUGUGCUCCCACCUCGGGAUAACAAAAUACUCCUUCCUCGGGCAAUCUUGGGGAGGAAUGCUAGGCGGCCAAUUCGCCAUCGAGCGCCAACCAAAGGGGAUGCAGAAACUCAUCAUCUCUAACUCGCCCGCGGACAUGAUAACCUGGGUGGAGGUAGCCAAUCGCCUGCGUGCCAAGCUGCCUAAAGAUGUACAAGAGGCAUUAACGCGGAACGAGAAGAAUGGGACGACGGAUAGUGACGAGUACCACAAAGCAGUCGAAGUCUUCUACCGUCGUCACGCCUGCCGAAAUGAUCCCUGGCCGAAAGAAGCUCUCGACACCUUCACAGCACUAGAGGAAGAUCCCACCGUUUACGAAACCAUGAAUGGCCCGUCAGAAUUCUUCGUCAUUGGAUCGUUGAAAACGUGGGAUAUCAGGAAAGAUCUACACAAGAUCACGGCGGAGACGGUGCCGGGAGGAAUGCUGAUAAUGAAUGGAUAUCAUGAUGAAGCGCAAGAUGAGACGACGGCGGCGUUUUUCACCAACCCAACGUGCCGGGUCAAAUGGGUGAGGUAUGCGUUGAGUAGUCAUAUGCCUAUGUUGGAGGAGACGGAGAAGUAUGUGAAGGAUUUGGGGACGUUCUUGACGUCGGAGUGA